AUGGCUGCGCUAAUUCGAAACACAGCCCUCGGGGCCGUUGUAAGAUUUAUUUCACGGGGUUCUGUUCUUACACAUCCAAACCGUCCAAAUACCAACCUCUCAGAGCGUAGCAAAGAGGUCGAGAAGACUUCACAUACAAAAAAAGACAUUCAGGGGCAUAUUAUAGUAGGCUGCAUUUACACGUUCACCGUGUAUUGCGGUUCUUCUAUAUAUAUCCCGAGCGAGGCACAAGUGAUGAAAGAGUUUAACGUUUCCGAGACGGUUGCCUCCCUUGGACUGGCACUUUAUGUUCUUGGGUAUAGCCUAGGGCCUCUUGUUUUUUCACCUCUUAGCGAAAUACCACUCAUCGGUCGAAAUCCAAUAUAUAUCAUUACUUUCGCCAUAUAUCUAAUUUUUCUUAUUGCAUCCGCAACUGUACACAAUUUUUCUGGAUUUCUUAUUAUUCGUUUCUUACAAGGCUUUUUCGGUAGCCCGUGCCUAGCUACGGGAGCUGCCUCGUUAAGCGACAUGCUCACAGCUAUUAUCUUUAUUCUUUUAUUUAUCUUUCUUCCAGAAACUGCGGCACCAGCAUUACUCUACUACAAAGCACAGCGGUUGAGAAAAGAAACUGGGGAUCCUAAAUAUAUCUCGGAACAUUCAGCCUCCCAAAAACUAAGCCGCGGCCAAAUAAUACAGCUGGCACUAGUAAAGCCAUUCGAAAUAACAGUCAAAGAUCCUGCGAUUGCGUUUGUCAAUCUUUAUACUGCACUGACGUACGGUAUUUACUACUCCUUCUUUGAAGUUUUCCCUCUCGUUUAUCCCAAAAUCUAUGGCAUGAACUUGGGGGAAACAUCUGCCGUAUUCCUCUGCGUGCUCAUUGCCUGCAUUAUUGGCACAAUAUGGUAUUGCACCUGGUACCGAUUCUUCGCUCAAAAGCGCUUCGAUAAACUCGGGACUUUUGAUGUGCAAGAGUCGUUCCUUCGUCCAGCUCUAGUUGGAGUAUUUGGCGUCCCCAUUGGAAUGUUCCUUUUCGGCUGGGCGGCUCGCGAAUCAAUUCCUUGGGAAAUUCCCACGCUCGGUAUUGUCAUAUACUGCGGCUGUUCGUUCGUGGUCGGACUUGGUAUUGUUAUUCACUUGCCAUGCAGCUAUACACAGUAUUCUGCUAGUUUAUUCGCUGCAAAUGACGCAUUACGAAGCGCAUUUGCGAGCGCAGCAAUACUCUUCGGACGCCCUCUCUACGUCAAUCUCGGUGUAGGCAAAGGCUGCACCUUGCUUGGUGGGUUGAGCAUAUUUGGCGUCAUCGGCUUUUGGUACUUAUUCAUUUACGGUGACAAGUUGCGGAAGCGUAGCAAAUUUACGGCACAUACAUGA